AUGUCAUUUCAGCUUCACCUUUGACAUGUUUGAAGGAUCACCUUGGAAAGGGUAAAAACUCACCUUAUCCCUGAGUGGUACAUUUUCUUUUUCUCUUUGGAUGGAGUUGUUGGCUGCAACAACCGAUACACUUGGUUGUAUGUUGCUCUUAGACACUCAAGUCACUUCUUGUGAUGCAACUGUGAAAGUGAUGCAAACUGCUUGUUCAUGGAGAUGUUAGUCAGUAGAGAUUGCCCAUGUGAAGUUCCUCUUACUAUUAACCAACAGAGUGACCAUUGCCUCUAUCUAGCUAGUCAUGCACGGAUGCAUCUUGGAAAGGAAUUCUUGAGGUAUGCUUAAAUCUUUGAGAUAUGUUUAGAUAGGAGACAGCAUAAGUCCACAGAUUGAAAUUAAUUUUCUUACUAUACUUUAAUUAUAAGGUUUGACGCCACGAAUCGCACAACUCUGAGCAGGUUCCACCUAGUUGUGCGUUUCAUUUGGUAAUAUAACACUUACCUAGUAAGUCUGAGGACUCACCACAAAUGACAUGAUAUAAUCCAUGCUACCAUUGGCGACACUUGCAGGGGUGAAUGCUUUUACACCAACUGAAACGAGCCGACAGCCCAACUUUCUUAUAAUGUCGUCGGUCAAUCACAUGGCAUCCCCAAUCGUUGGAUUUGUGCCUUAAAUUAACAAGGCAUAGGAUGUUGCAUUAGUUAGAAACUUGAUUAAAUUUUCAUGUUGUAAUUAUUGAAUUUGAAUUUUAAGAUGAACGAGAAAAAAGUGUGAGAACUGAGAAGCAUAUGGAUAAUUAUUUUUUAUUGUGUUGCUUAUUGUGUUGCUUAUUAUGUAAAAGAGUUUUUUGAAUUUUUAAUUUUAAAGUACAAGUUAAUUAAGUAGAUUUUUUUAU